AUGCCUCCCUCUAAUUCAAGAGGUCCAACAAAGCCUUUAACACUUCUGCAUCAAUAUCAACAGACAGGAUCCUAUACUCAGCAUGCCAUCAACAGUAGCAGCAGCAUUAGUGGUAGCGCACAAUCGUCCCCUCAUACUCCUCAAACCCCACUUUUCCGCUCCCAUCAUCACAUUUCAUCCUUACCUUCUCCUCCUUUGUCCUCUGUGGAGCCUCCCAGUUCAGUUUUCUUCCCAAGGUCACCAUCACAAGAACGAUCCGAUUUUCAGCCAUCACAACCGCCACAGAGCAUCAUGGCCCAAUAUGAAUCAACUCUUUCACAAUUAGAGGACACUAAACGCGAGCUUGACGAUGUAAGGGUGUCUCUCGCGCUCAAAGAAGAACACAUUCGUCAGUUGGAGACUAUCGUGCAGGAUCAGGAAAGAAAGCUGGACGGGUUCUUGUCGGAGAGGGAGGCUUUGUCUUUGGAAAUGAAGGAGAACUUCAAGGAGAAUGCCGAGCUACAGAAAAGACUUCAGGAAACCACCGACAAAGUCGGACGUCUUCAACUAGAAAACCGCCAACUGAUUGAACAGGUACAAGAGCUUCGAACUAAGACUCCAGAAGCGCAGAACACAGUCACAGACACAAAUUGUCAAGUCAAUAGACACAGCCGUCAUGUCCAGGUCCAGACACAGCUCACGUUCUUCCAGCAGCAGGCUCAACGACUUCAACAACAAUUGAACCAAUAUAAGGAAGCUGCUAAUGUUGUUGUCCCAACUGACCACAGGGAUAACAACAAAGCGCAUGUACCACAUUCUCGUCAAGGAUCGACAUCAUCCCCAGUGAAGAAUAAUAACAGCAUGAUGAUGUGUGAUAGCACCUUGUCAUCGCUUUUGGCCUCUGUGGCCACUGUCGCCGCUACAUCUAUUCUUAUAAUACAACGCAAAUGUGAAUUCUUGAUGGAUCAAAUCGCAGUCCUUCAAAGAGGGUAUGAUUCUCUCCGCCAGGAAAAAGUAACGUUGGAGCUUCAGCUGGAUCUGAUGCAACGACAACAUCAAUACCAUCAACAACAACGUCAGAAGCGUCGAGAGUCCCAACAACAACAGCGACGCAGCAGUCAGGCCGGACAGGAACAAUCUUCAGCCUUAUCUAAAGCAUUGGCUAUCAUGGUCGCCUCAUCAAAGGAAACAAAUCUACUUUCAGCUAUCCCAUCCAUCCCUCUUUUGCCUACAAUCUCUGCCGCAGAGCAAGAACAGGAAAAGGCUAGGAUCCAACAUGAGCUAGAGCAAGCUCAGAUCCGAGCCCAAAAGAGGCAGAGGAAAGAGAGCGCUCGUGCGAUCCGAUUUUCGGACUCUGAGGAGCUAAAACAUUUGGAACAUUUGCGCCUUUUGAACGAACAACAAGAACAACAGCGACAGCAACAGCAACAGCAACAAAAGUCGUCAUGGGAGGGAAUUAACAUUUUCCAGAAUGCUGUUGCCGCGCGAGCUAGUAGAGGAUUUAUGUCACCAUUUAAACAACACCAUCGCUCGUCUUCUUCCACUCUACUUUCCUCACCUUCGCCUGCAGCGUCACCAUCACCACUAUCCGCGGUCACGACCCCAGCCCUUCAUCAGCAUCGUCAGCAUCAUCGCCAUCACUGCAUCCUUCUCAUGACAAGCAGCAGCAGCGAAAUAGGCCUGCAAAUUAUACCCGAACCACCAUCUGCAAGCCAAUUCUCGCUCUCGUCCAACCUAUACCCUCACAUUGAACAGUGCAGCUGCUGCCUUGGUUCUAUCAUCGAGCUCUAG